GAAGCACCAACCCUAGAGGAAUCAAUGGUGGAGGCAAUGACCAAACAGCACUGACGCACUCGCGUCAUUUCGUGACCUCAAUUACACAUAUCAUUGAUGCAUACCAUAACACAAUCUCAUUACUGCGCCGUCUGCAGCGACUUCCGCAGGGCGGCGCAGAUGGCAUCGCCAACCUCGUUCGUCCGCGCCCUUCCACCCAGAUCUCCGGUCCGGAUCUCCAACCCUCCCGCCUCCUUGGAGUCCAGCACGUGGCCGACGGCCUUCUCUACAGCCGCGGCCUCGUCGGCGAGCAGGAACGAGUAGCGAAGCAUCAUGGCCAGACUGAGGAUCUGGGCGACGGGGUUGACGACGCCCCUGCCCGAGAUGUCGGGCGCGCUGCCGUGCACGGGCUCGUAGAUGCCGUUGCACCGGCCCUCGCCCGGGACCGCCGAGAUGCUCGCGCUCGGCAGGACGCCCAGCGUGCCCGUGAUGCCGCCCGAGAUGUCGGACAGCACGUCGCCGAAGGUGUUGUCGGUGUGCACGACGCCGUUGAAGCGCGUCGGGUCGCGCACCAUGAGCAUGGCCAUGCUGUCGGCGAGCUGGUGCCGCAGCUCGACGUCGGGGAACUCCCUGUCCAUGGUCUCCUGCGUGACCCGCCUCCACAGCCGCCCGCUGGCCAGCACGUUGGCCUUGUCGGCGCUCCACACCACGGCCGGCCCGCCGCCGCCGCUGCCGUCGCGGCCCAUCAGCCGCGCGACCGCGGCGCUCACGCGCGCCAGCCGCUCGACCUCGGACGAGCUGUACACCCACAGGUCCGACGCCGUCGUCUCCUCCUCCACCUUGGCGCCGAAGUAGGCGCCGCCGCAGUUCUCCCGCACCACCACGAACUUGGUCCCCCUCACCAGCUCGGGCUUGAUCGGGGAGGCGUCCACCAGGGACGGGACGAAGAUCUCGCAUGGCCGGAGGUUGGCAAAGGCGUCCAGGCGCUGCCGCAGCCUCAGCAACCCAGACUCGGGAGUCGGGUUCGCGGCCGCCCACUCCGGGCCGCCGAUGCUACCGAAGAGCACGGCAUCGCUCGAUGCUGCCAGGUCAAGCACGGCGUUGGUGAUGGGAACCCCGUGCUUGUUGAUACUCGCCCCACCCACUAGGUCAAAGGUGCGCGUAAACUUGAGGCCCGGCCGGCACUCCUCGAUCACGUCGAGAACCUUGAGCGCCUCGGCCAUCACCUCGGGGCCGACGUGGUCGCCCGGCAGGACGAGGAUCUUGUAUGUGCUCGGCUGUGCCAUGGUGCUUGUCUUGUGUGAUGUGCUCGGAAAUACAGCUCUUUCGCAGCGUUCUCAGAGGGCGGCCGGUGCACCAAACAAGUAAAACGAGAUGGCAGGGGGCUACAUGUAGUAGGUGGCACUGUAAUUCCAUGGCGGGGUGCAGUGGAGGCGUGCCCGAAUUGCGCCCGGUUUCGGCGUGUCCCACCCCCGCCGCUCCGACUGCCAAGGCCCGUAGAAAGGAAUUGCACUCCUCAGAGCUCGGCUGCCUUGCAUCUUGAGGGGUAGGUACCUGAACUAGGUGCAUGGGUACCUAGGUAGCUAGGUUAGAUGGUCAUGCCGAAGCACGAAACUCACAACACGCUCCUCUGCUGGAUCCCUUCCGGGACUCAUGACAAGCAGGGUUAAGGUCAUUCAUUACCACUUUGCUGCUUCGACGCACGUUGUACCAUAGCGUAAAGUGUCAUAUCAUUUGUACAGCCCGCCAGACAACCCCCAUCCUCCUCACUCUCGCGAACACUAGUCCCCAUCCCGAUCCGCCGCCAGCAACACCAUGUCUCCCCGGCUCCAAGGCAAGGUCGCCAUCGUCACCGGUGGUGCCUCAGGCUUCGGGAAGGGAAUCGCCGCCAAGUUUGUGCAGGAGGGGGCAAAGGUCAUCAUCGCCGACCUCUCGGCGGAGUCGGGCCGAGCCGCGGCGGACGAGCUGGGCUGCGCGUUCGCCGCGGGCGACGUGACCAAAGCGGCCGACUGGGAGGCACUCCUGAAGCAGGCCGUCGACGCCUUUGGCGGCCUGGACGUCGUCGUCAACAACGCGGGGGCGACGUACGUCAACAAGCCAACCGAGGACGUCACCGAGCGGGACUUUGACCUCGUCAUGAACGUCAACGUCAAGUCCAUCUUCCUCUCGACCAGCGUGCUGCUGCCCUACUUCCUCGGCAGCGGCCGGCCCGGGUGCUUCAUCCAGGUGGCCUCGACCGCGGGGGUCAGGCCGCGACCGCGGCUGACGUGGUACAACGCGUCAAAGGCGGCCGUCAUCAACGCCACCAAGACCAUGGCGGUCGAGUACGGCCCCAAGCAGAUCCGGUUCAACGCCGUCUCGCCCGUAGUCGGGAGCACGGGAAUGACCCAUCUGUUCCUCGGGAAGCCUGACACCGAGGAGAACCGGGCCGGGUUCGUCUCGACGAUCCCUCUGGGGCGAGCCUCGACGCCGGCCGACGUGGCCAACGCGUGCUGCUACCUUGCCAGCGACGAGGCUGAAUUCAUCACGGGUGUGAACAUUGAGGUGGACGGAGGCCGAUGCGUUUAGAGAGAGUAUUUAUGUUACAGCAGGCUGGGAUGAUGAAUUAUAUACACCAAUAUAUGCACCUAUAUCUGAGAUAGACAACCCGGGUCCAGGGUGCGGGGCCGUUAACCCGAGGUCUCACUCAUCAUCACAAUGAAGCAGCACCAGUCACAAAAUCAAGAACUUCCAAUCCG